AUAGAAGAGCAGGUCAACUCCUCCUUCCUUAUACAUCAUUCCUCUCUUCUGUAUAUUGUUGAGAGAGAGAGAGAUGAUAGGGGUUAAGGCAAUGGCGCUGUCAGUAGUGGCGCACGUACUGGGGAUAGCAGGUGCGGUUAUGGUGUUGGUCUGGUGCAUUCACUUUAGGGGUGGCUUAGCCUGGGAUUCCUCCAACAAAAGCCUCAUCUUCAAUAUUCAUCCUGUUCUGAUUUUGAUUGGCCUAAUUAUUAUCGGAGGCGAAGCCAUUAUCAGUUAUAAAGCUCUUCCAUUGAAGAAAGAAGUGAAGAAACUGAUCCAUCUAGUUCUUCAUUCAAUUGCACUGAUAUUGGGGAUAGUGGGUGUUUAUGCUGCAUUCAAAUAUCAUAAUGAGAGUGGUAUUGCCAAUCUCUACAGUUUACAUUCCUGGCUUGGUAUCGGAAUUAUUGUUCUCUAUGGUGUUCAGUGGAUAUAUGGAUUCAUUGUGUUCUUCUACCCUGGUGGAACAGCUUCAGUAAGAAGAGAAUCACUACCAUGGCAUGUGCUAUUUGGGCUAUUUGUUUACAUCUUGGCUAUUGGCAAUGCUGCUUUGGGGUUUCUUGAGAAGCUGACAUUCCUUGAGAGCUCUGGACUUGCCAAAUAUGGCUCUGAGGCAUUCCUUGUCAACUUCACUGCCAUUGUGACAAUAUUGUUUGGUGCCUUUGUGGUGUUGACAUCUCUUUCUCAGCCUCCAAAUGAAGACAAGUACAGCUAUUUUGCAUUAUAAACUUGUGGUUGCAACUUUAUUGAACCAUGCUCAUGUUUUGUUUAUUACAUGAUUAUGUUAUCAAAAGUUCUAUUCUGAACACCGAAGAUUUUCAUAGGAUGAGAUACAAAUAUGAGACAAAGAAUGAGACUCACAUGUGGAGUCUAGCAUAUGCAAGACCUACAAUUUAUAAGGGUUUUAUGGAUUAAA